CAACGGGCUGAGCUUACGAGUGAAUAUGAGGUUGCCCUAUUCCUAACAUGCAGUAGUAUUCAGUAAAAUAUUCAGCAGCCGGGGUGACUGUCAAGGCGGACUCAAGGGGCGAUGAAAACCUCCUGGAACUGUGUGUUUAAUUCCCUCCAUCUCUUUGUGUGGAUCUAUGCCUUUCCACUCUUAAGGCUUGGUGGAAAGAGGUGUUAUCUCUAGCACUGAGCUCUGCUUUAAAAGGAAAUUGGAAAUCUGCCUGUCAGCCUCGGAUGAGCUUCUGAUUAAUAGAUUGAGCGGGAGGACAACCAGAUGAAUAAAGGAGAAACUUGCAGAGGGAAACUCAGACAAGCGCUGCUUUUUUGGACUCAGAUUUUUAAAAGAUUUAGCCUUUUCUUUUAUUUAUAGAUUUGUACUGGACUAGCGUCUUAUGUAUCUGAAGUCUGCAACGAUUGUACAUUUGUUUCUCACACCAGCUGAGGCAGAGAUGCUGUAAUGGUGUGCUUGGAUUUAGACUUCCUUAGAGAGGAUUUUGUUUUCACCUGAUCAGCGGUCCUUCACUGUUUGAAUACAUUCUGAUCUGCCCUCCCACCCUUCUGCCCCUCUUUUUUUUUUUUCUUUUUUCUUUUUUUUUUACUGAACAUUGUAAGCUGCUCAGUCACUGAGCAGUGAUUUCAAACGGAGAGACAGAGUGCGAGGCUGGAUUUGGAGUAGUUGCGUCCUACAGACUUCAUUCUGUCACGCUCUUUAGAGGGUCCUCAGACUUUCUACCUCUGUGAGUUUGCAGUACCUGAUUUAGCCAGAGGAGAGUUUAAUUAGAGGAUCUGCGCUUGGGACAGCCGGCCAAAAGCCAGGAUGCAGGUGUCAUUAGUGUGCACGGACCACCGUGGGGGGGUGAGCCGCACCACGGAGGACCGGCUAAAUCGACAGAAUGCCAACAGCCCCAGCACAGGCACCCGCAGCAAGUUCAGAGCGGUGGCGAUGGUGGCUCGCAGUCUUGGACAACUCUCUGUUCAGAGUGUGCCUUCCUCCAGCGAGCAAAGCAUGAGGACUGGCAUGAAGUAUAGAAACCUUGGGAAGUCGGGACUGCGGGUGUCCUGCCUCGGAUUAGGAACAUGGGUGACCUUCGGUGGACAGAUAACGGAUGAGAUGGCAGAGCAGCUGAUGACUCUGGCCUACGAAAAUGGCAUCAAUCUGUUUGACACAGCGGAGGUCUACGCUGCUGGGAAGGCAGAGGUGGUGCUCGGAAACAUCAUAAAGAAGAAAGGAUGGAGACGUUCGAGUCUGGUGAUAACAACAAAGAUCUUCUGGGGUGGAAAAGCGGAAACUGAAAGAGGUUUAUCCCGAAAACAUAUUAUAGAAGGUUUAAAGGCCUCUCUAGAAAGACUGCAAUUAGACUAUGUGGAUGUGGUUUUUGCGAACAGACCGGACCCUAACACACCUAUGGAAGAAACAGUUCGAGCAAUGACCCAUGUGAUAAACCAAGGCAUGGCAAUGUACUGGGGAACAUCCCGCUGGAGCCCAAUGGAGAUAAUGGAGGCAUACUCUGUGGCGCGACAGUUCAACCAGAUUCCCCCCAUCUGUGAGCAGGCUGAGUACCACAUGUUCCAGAGAGAGAAGGUGGAGGUGCAGUUGCCUGAGCUCUUCCAUAAGAUCGGUGUGGGGGCCAUGACGUGGUCACCACUGGCCUGCGGGAUCAUCUCAGGGAAAUAUGACGGCAGGGUGCCUCCCUACUCUCGGGCCUCUCUGAAGGGUUACCAGUGGUUGAAGGACAAGAUCUUGAGCGAGGAGGGCCGGCGUCAGCAGGCGAAGUUGAAAGAGCUGCAGGCAAUCGCGGAGCGGCUGGGCUGCACUCUGCCCCAACUCGCCAUCGCGUGGUGUCUACGGAACGAGGGGGUGAGCUCUGUCCUUUUAGGGGCGUCCAACACCGACCAGCUGAUGGAGAACAUAGGAGCAAUACAGGUUCUUCCAAAGUUGUCGUCGUCCAUCACACACGAGGUGGACAGCAUCCUGGGGAACAAGCCGUACAGUAAAAAGGACUACCGCUCCUAACGCGCAGCAUGGCCCCCGCCCGGCAGGCCUGCAGCCGCAGCGCCCCACCUUUGCCUGAUCCUCUGUUUGCUUGAGCUUUUACUGAGUGAGACCCUGGCGCAUGAGUCUGGCCACACCAAGGCUACCCAGGGCAACUCAUUUAGAGUCACGGGUAUAAGAUUAAGAAAAGGGGGGGGGGAUAGUCACCUCCACAGGAAAGGAAGGGAUUUGACAAGGAAAGACAAUAAGUGGAAGAGACAUUAGGGAUAUGCGCUCAUACUUAAUCAGUUAUACAUUCAAUUCAGCUCAACGUAUUUUAAAACCGUAGAGAAAAAAUCUUUAAAAAAAAAAUAAGCACACGCUUGCUUGGCAGCCAGAGUUUGUUUUUUUUAGCUCUUUUUUUUGUUCUUUCUAAAACUGAACGCAACUAAAAAGAAGAUGAAGUUCUAACUGUAUGAAUAUACGAGAACUACUCUGUUGCACAUGUACCAUAGCCAUGCAUUUGUUCUUUGGACCUUCUGUUUACAAACACCAGUGUACUGUACGAGUCCAUCAAGGUUUCUCUGAAAAACUGUUUGUUUGUGUUGUCAACAUUAUCGGUGUACGAGCCUCCUCGGGGAGGGGGGCUUUAUAGCACUUUAGUAUUGUCAGUAUAGAUGUUGGAGGGGAGAGGGUGGGUAUUACAAUAGUCUUAUCUCAGCCAUUGCACUAUAGAAUCACAUCGCCUCCUGAUAAUUCCCUCUCCUCAUCCUCCCUCUGCGUUUUCACUGGCAGUACGUUUGUCCAGCCUGACGCUCCGACACAAGCGUGGCAAGCCCGAGGAUUGGGGAGGGGAGGGGAACAAACGCCCCCUCUACCGUCCUGACCAGUGAACCGUCCGUGACGACCAGCCAGGAGCGCAGGUCGCAUGCGUCAGGGCAUCUCAUCUGCCGCUGACGAGGUUAGCUGUUCAUCCGUCCCUGCUUCACUGUGUUACCCGGCCUCUGUUCUGUUUUUCAGGCUGAGGAUUUACUGGACAGGAAGUGGUCGUGUCAGUGCUGGCUCCACAUCUCAUGGAUACUUGUCCUUGAUCAAAUUUUGUUCAAGCAUUUUGCCUUAUUUACAGUUGCACCAGACUGUGCUGCGGGCGCUGGCGUAGACGAGCAGCUCGACAGCUGCCCCUCUGGCCCGACUUGUCUCAUGUCCCCAGUAUCUACGGGAAAGCUGACUGGUGGGAGUGCUGUUUGUUUGCGAAGGGAGAGGUGGCGCGUGUCCAGUUCAUCAGUGAGUGGCAGCAGCUCAGGGAACAGAGCAGGUGGUUUUAGUUGUGCGUUGGCGUGCACAUGGUCAGGAGGUUGUAUUUACUCGUCUGUCUUUCUUUCAUGUGUGGACACUGGAGAGGACCAGUGACAUUUUAGUGUGGCUUGAGCCAAAGAUCUUCUUCUUCAUCUCUUCGAUCACACACCCCGCGCGUUUCACUCUCACUUCCUGCAAGAUUAUAGAACUCAUUUUGACGCAUGUGCUGUCUAGCUUGUUAUCUAUCUAUGGUACGGAUUUUACUUCAUAAAUAUCUUUACUUGACAAUGCUGUUAUACUAGCUAACAAAUACGUCCUUCAUAUACAGAAUGCAUAGCAAAGCUACUUGCUUUAGGAUCGGUAAGGUUUGUUUCAGGCGACGUACGACCUGAGGCGUGUCAGAAGUGUUAUUGCAAAAAAAUUUGACGCCAACCUAUAUCAUUCUUUCUCCUUUGGGUGCUUUCUUACUGUGAUUAAAGCACAAGUGGGAUAGCGUGUGACACAUCCUCAAAGCAUGGGCCCUCUUCACCCAGUGUACAGUACCUGCGUGACAAGCAAGGUGACGCGACGCCGCUUACUAGCACGUGUGGAUAACUAAUCUUUAUUAACAGCUGAUAAACUAUUGAUUCUUAACAGAAAAGGUACAGAUUAAGGAAAACUGUCACAUCCACGGGAAUGGCGACGGGAAUGAGACGGAGGGGAUAGUCAAAGUGAACGUCACUGUGAGGGAUUUGUGCAGAUGAGGUUUAACAGUCUGCUUCGUUACUCCUAGGUGAUUUUUUUAAAAACAGCUAAAUGAUUUAAUGUCUCAGCUGUUGAUCCUGUUUUUGUGUGUGUGGUAGUGUGUGUUUAUAUAUCUAUAUAUCUAUAUAAGGAGAGGGAGGGCGGCAACAAAACUAAUCCUGUGCUUUAGCCUGUUGUAUAAGUUGACCAGUGUACACGUUUGAUUUGCUGUGUCUGAGUGAAUAAAUCUGCUGCAAGCCGAUCUUAACAUCAGUUAAUAUAAUCUGUGGAGUUCCUUGUCUUAAUACUUACAUGUGCAGGGAGUUAAAGGACAAAUUCAACAGUUUGGAAAAUGCAUUUACUUUCUUGCCAAGAGCUAAAAAGAUUGAUACCACACUCAAAUAAAUAUGAAGCUAACAUUACCGCCAGAAGCCGACAAACCUAGCAUACAGACUGGAAACUGCUGGUCUUAUUGUAGUAAUAUAAUGCACCUACCAGCUCCUCUAAAGCUCCCUAAUUAACAGGUUCUCUUGUUUGUUUAAUUCGUACAGAAACUUAAGUUACUGGUCCUGGCCAAGAAAUAGGUUGGUUUCCCCGUACUUAACUGAACCCAAACUUAACACCCUGCCAUGCUUAACCUCAACCCAGCCAGUUGUCUCUGCUAACCAUUACCUAACCUAAGCCCUAAAAAAGGAGACCCACUGGCAGCAAACAAAUAACAGUUUGCUGGCAAAUGCAACGUUCUGUGGGUGUUCACUGUAACUCCAACCCCAGAGGGCAGCAGUGCGGGAAACACUGUCCAAGGGGUGCGACAGACUUUGACACAAUACUUGUUCAUAACCCCCCCAAAAAAUGUUUUUACGCUUUGUGUUUUGCACACAUUAAACAAAGAUGUAACAUCUUAAUUAGAGAGCUUUAAAGGUGCUGGUAGGCAGACCUUUGUACAGAGCCCUGCUAGCUGUGUCCAGUUGUUAUGCUAAGCUAAGUUAGCCAGCUGCUUUAAGUGUGCAGACUCUCUGCAAGAGAGCGACCAAGUGUGUUUCCCCAAAUGUCGAACUUUAAAUGUUAUCGCUUUUGCGUUUUGUUUGACCGCCAGUUUCUGCACAUUGUUGAAAUAACUCAAAUGUUUUAAAGCUGAAGGGUCGUUACCCGGUGCCCUCGCCUGUGUAGGAGAAAGUCGUGCUUUAAGUGGUCCUAGUUUCAUCAUGUUUGCUGUUCUAACAUUUAAAUGUUUAACUGAAAGUUCAGAAAUGAAACCAGAGCCACACACACAUGGACAGAGCUUAUUUUACAGAAGGUACUAGGUUAUACAGAGAAUAUAUUUUUUAUGUUUUAGCCUUUAAUGCACUAGAGAGAGUUAAAAGAACUGUUAUUUUUUUCAUCAUGCUGCAUUUUUCCUAUUAGUAUUGUAUCAAUUUGAAGACUGACAAAAAGAACUACAUUUUCUUGUGUAUGCAUUAUGAGGAAUGCUCUGAAGUGACGUAGUGAGAGCCUGGUAUCUCCUGUAUAUAGUUUGACCUUUGUAUAUAUUUCUAGUUGUGAUCACCUCUGCCUUUUCUCUUUUCUUUUUUAAUUUUCUUUUGCAGGCAUUGCUAUCUGCACUGUGCUUGAAUCUGAAUUUAGACAGGAUGUACAGCUUCAAUGAAAUAAUGAUAAAUUAAGAAUGGUUAAACCCUUA